AAAUACAUCCAUUACCAAUCGCCGUUACCCCAUUCAACUGCACUAACCCCACUUCCCACGCAUGAGUAAGCUUCCUGAUACAAUUACGUCAUUUUCACGCUGACCUGGCAUGUCACGGGCUCACUAGCAGCUUCGUCUUGUCCGAAUGAAAAAUAUAGUGUUAUUGUAAUUAUUUUCUGUUUUUCUUCAAAUCUUUCUAACAAAUCAUGGCUGGUGGGACUUUUCAGAAAGCUAUUGAGAUUGUAACUAAAGCGACCGAAGAAGACAAGGCUGAGAAUUUUGAAGAAGCGUUGAGGCUUUAUCAACACGGAGUCGAGUAUUUCCUUCACGCUAUGAAAUAUGAAGCACAUGGUGACAAAUCAAAGGAAAGCAUUCGUGAAAAAUGUGUGCAAUAUCUGGAGAGAGCAGAAAAAUUAAAGAAUUAUAUCAAGAAAGGACAUAAGAAGAAACCAAUGCCUGCAUCUGGGUCAGGAAACAAAACAACAAAUGGUAAAGAUUCAGAUAAAGAAUCAGAUGAUGAAGAUGACGGACAAGCGAAAAAAUUAAAGGGUCAACUGAACAGUGCCAUUGUUAUGGAAAAACCUAAUGUGAAAUGGGAUGAUGUGGCUGGCUUGGACUCAGCAAAGGAGUCUUUAAAAGAAGCCGUAAUUUUACCUACAAAGUUUCCUCAUCUAUUUACUGGAAAACGAACACCAUGGCGAGGCAUUUUACUUUAUGGACCACCUGGAACAGGAAAAUCCUAUCUUGCUAAAGCCGUCGCUACUGAAGCUGAUAACUCAACGUUUCUCUCCGUUGCUUCAUCCGAUUUAGUUUCUAAAUGGCUUGGAGAAAGUGAAAGACUUGUGAAACAACUAUUCACGUUAGCGAGAGAUCAAAAGCCUGCCAUUAUAUUUAUCGACGAAGUCGAUUCGCUUUGUGCAUCGCGCAGUGAUAAUGAAAGUGAGUCAGCCAGAAGAAUAAAAACAGAAUUUCUUGUUCAGAUGCAAGGUGUUGGUGUAGAUAACGAUAAAGUUUUGGUUCUCGGGGCCACGAACUUACCAUGGAUCCUAGACUCUGCCAUUCGUCGAAGAUUCGAGAAAAGAAUCUACAUUCCACUUCCUGAAUUGUCUGCACGAGCUAAAAUGUUCGAAUUGCACAUUGGGAAAAGUGGUCACCGCUUGAACGCCGACGAUUUCAAAGAACUUGCCAGGAAAACCGAAGGUUACUCAGGUGCAGAUAUCGGCAUUGUUUGCAGAGAUGCUCUCAUGCAGCCUGUGAGGAAAGUCCAACAGGCAACUCAUUUUAAACGGGUACGCGGACAGGCCAUUGGUGAUCCAAACACACUUGUAGACGACCUUCUUACGCCGUGUUCUCCAGGUGAUCCUAAUGCGGUACCGAUGAGCUGGAUGGACGUGCCUGGCAAUAAGCUUCUUGAACCUCUUGUUGACAUGGGUGACAUGUGCCGUUCUCUUGCCACGACACGACCGACCGUAAACUCUGACGACCUUAAGAAGUACGAGAAAUUCACUGAAGAUUUUGGACAAGAGGGAUAGUAGUAGUGCAUUUAGUGAAUCGUGAAUUCCAAAAUCUUCAGUUAAUCAAUUGUCAUUUUACGCGUAUAUAUUGAGAGAUUUUUCAUUGUGCUUUAAUGCACCGUGUUCCCGGAUGAACACAUUGAAUACAUCCGUAUUAUUUAAUUGAUUUUGUAGACUUGUAUAGAAAAAUUGGCAUGAAAACUUCUGAGGUUUUACUUUUUACCAUUAUGUAAAUCUCCUAUCAUAAAAA